UUGGGUAUUCUCGAAGAUGAGCUACGGCAUGGAAUAUCUCACGAGCUCUCCGCAUAGGAGGGCACGAGGUGACUUGCUCCGAUUUCAGCCUAAAAACCUCGGAUCGUCCUCUACAGGGGUGCAGUUUUCCAGGAGCUCUCUCAGCACUGGGUCGUCUGGGUCAUUCAAACAGUGCAGUCUGAUGCGUAAAAAAGAAUACAGUUCUCCUGUUCUCAGAUCCACUGAUAGCACAGACCUUGUAAACCCGUUUAAAGUGCCGAAUAUAAACGAGAAGCAGCUUCUCCAGGGGCUUAACGACCGCUUUGCAGGCUUUAUCGAAAAGGUUCGUCAUCUUGAAAGCCAGAACAACAUUUUGGAAAAUGAGAUUCAGGAACUAAGGCAAAAGCAAGUUUCCCUGUCCUCGCUGUCUGAAGUUUACGAUCCUGAAAUCAAAGCUCUAAGAGAGCUUGUCGGUGAAAUUACCUCUCAAAAGGCUCAGAUUGAGCUCGAGCAUCAUCAUUUGGAGGAAGAUAUUCACCUUUUGAGGGGGAGAUAUGAAGAGGAAGCACGCAGUAGAUCAGACACUGAGGCCAGCAUUAUGACAUUGAAGAAAGAUAUUAAUGACGCACAGCUGUCCAAACUGGAACUGGACAAAAAAGCUCACUCUCUGAUGGAAGAAAUACUUUUCUUAAAGAAAAACCACCAAGAAGAGGUAUCGGAAAUGAUGGCCCAAAUCCACGAUGCGCAAGUUACUGUCGAUAUGAAAGACUUUGGAAAGCCAGACAUCACUGCGGCUUUGAGGGAAAUCAGAAGCCAGCUUGAAGAUCACACCAAUACCAACAGGCAACAAGCAGAGGAAUGUUUCAGGGCCAGGGUAGCUAAACUGACAAAAGCAGCUGAAGUGAAUAAUGAAGCACUCCAAGUCAGAAGAGAACACAUCCACGAGCACAGACGCCAACUGCAGUCAAAAACCAUAGAGCUGGAGACAGUUAAAGGCACCAGGGAAUCUUUAGAGAAGCAACUCGGUGCCCUUGAAGAGAGGCACGAUGCAGAAAUCAGUCAUUACCAGGAUGCUAUCCAACAGCUGGAGCAUGAGCUUAAACACACACAGUAUGAUAUGUCUGGCCACCUGAGGGAGUACCAGGAUCUUCUGAAUGUCAAAAUGGCCCUAGAUGUGGAGAUUGCUUCCUAUAGGAAACUUUUGGAAGGUGAGGAAACAAGAUUUUCUUCAGUUGCUGCAGGCCAUGUUCCUGCAUCAUAUGAGUACAGACAAUCCUCUGUCUACACUGUGCCAAGUUUCACAAGGCAGAAAACUACCACUAAGAAGGUGGAGCCACAGUAUAAGUUUGUUGAGGAGAUCAUCACAGAAACAACCAAAGAAGGGGAAAUGUCAGAGAUUGAUGACACUGAUACAGAGGAAAUAAUGAGUGAAGAAGAAAGGAUGGAAAAGGAGAGUCCAGAGGAUGAGGUGGAAACAACAACUGACAAUGGAGAGGCACAAGAGGAUGGAGAGGAAGUGGACACUGUAGAAGCAGAGAAACACAAGGAAGAUGAACAAGAAGUGACCUCAUCUGAACCUGGGGAUGAGGAGGAAACUGCAGUUAAAAAAGGUGACAAAGAUGCAAUUGAAAAUGAAGUUGCAUCUGAAGCUAUAGAAGAGAUAGAAACUUCCCAAGAUGAUGUGGUUGAUGCAAAAGACACCAAGGAUAAGAAAGAAGCAAAAGAAGAGAGCCCUAAUCAAGUAGAAACCUUUGAGGAUGUGAAGAAAACUAUUGUGGAAGAAAUCACAAAGGAACCUACAGAUGUAGCAGAAACCGAAACAGAAGAGGCACCAGAAGAUGAACCUUUCGGAGAACCAAAAUCACUACCCAGUGAAGUGACACCAGAAAUAGAUGAAAGUGAAGAGCCAAAAAAAGAACAGACUUCAAAUGACCAAACCGAAGAGGAAAAAGAAGUAGAAAAAACAGACCAAAAAAAGGAGAGUUCUAUAAUAAAGAAAAAGGAAGAUAAAUCUGAAGAGAAAAGCAUCACCGCAGAGGAGGAAAUUAAGCCAGAAGAGAAAAGCCCUCUUGAGGAAAAGACAGCAGAGAAAGAAAUCCAUGAACACACUGAGGAACAAGAUAUCAUGGAACCAAAGGAGAUGACCAGUCCAUUUGAAUCAGAAGAAGAGACUUCAAAAACUGAAGAUAAAAUAACCACAGAUGUUAAAGUGGAAUCCAAGGAUAUUCUAAAAGAGGAGGUGGUGAACCAAACAAAAUCAGAAGAAGAGGGUGCUUCAGAACCUGAGAAGAUUGAAGAGAAAGCAACCUCAGAUAUUGAAGCAGCACAAGAAGACAUUCGAAAAGAGGAGACAGUGCGUGAAUUAAAAUCAGAAGAAGAGAAUUCAGAACAUGAGAAGACUGUACAGGUAACCACAGAUGUCAAAUUACAGAACAAAGAGGUGGUCACCCAGGCAAAAUCUGAAGAAAAUGAUGCUUCAAGACCACACACACCUGAAGAGAAAGCACAGGCAGAUAUCAAGGUGGAACCGAAGGAUCUUCAUAAAGAGGAGUCGAUGAGCCAACAGGAAUCAAAAGAUGUUGCUUCAAAGCCUGGCACACCUGAAGAGAAAACAACUCCAGAUAUUGAAGCAACACAAGAAGACAUUCCAAAAGAGGAGACUGUGCGUGAAUUAAAAUCAGAAAAAGAGAAUUCAUUACCUGAGAAGACUAUAAAGGAGGUAACCACAUAUGUCAAAUUGGAACCCAAGGAUCUUAUUACAGAGAAGGUGGUCCCCCAGACAAAAUCUGAAGAAAAAGAUGCUUCAAAACCACACACACCUGAAGAGAAAGCACAGGCAAAUAUCAAGGUGGAACCGAAGGAUCUUCAUAAAGAGGAGUCGAUGAGCCAACAGGAAUCAAAAGAUGUUGCUUCAAAGCCUGGCACACCUGAAGAGAAAACAACCCCAGAUAUUGAAGCAGCACAAGAAGACAUUCCAAAAGAGGAGACUGUGCGUGAAUUAAAAUCAGAAAAAGAGAAUUCAGUACCUGAGAAGACUAUAAAGGAGGUAACCACAUAUGUCAAAUUGGAACCCAAGGAUCUUAUUACAGAGAAGGUGGUCCCCCAGACAAAAUCUGAAGAAAAAGAUGCUUCAAAACCACACACACCUGAAGAGAAAGCACAGGCAAAUAUCAAGGUGGAACCGAAGGAUAUUCAUAAAGAGGAGUCGAUGAGCCAACAGGAAUCAAAAGAUGUUGCUUCAAAGCCUGGCACACCUGAAGAGAAAACAACCCCAGAUAUUGAAGCAGCACAAGAAGACAUUCCAAAAGAGGAGACUGUGCGUGAAUUAAAAUCAGAAAAAGAGAAUUCAGUACCUGAGAAGACUAUAAAGGAGGUAACCACAUAUGUCAAAUUGGAACCCAAGGAUCUUAUUACAGAGAAGGUGGUCCCCCAGACAAAAUCUGAAGAAAAAGAUGCUUCAAAACCACACACACCUGAAGAGAAAGUACAGGCAGAUAUCAUGGUGGAACUGAAGGACCUUCAGAAAGAGACAAUGAGCCACUUGCAAUCAGAAGAUGUUGCUUCGAAGCCUGGCAAACCUGAAGAGAAAACAACGCCUGAUAUCAAAGCAAAAGAAUUAAAGUCCGCAGAAGAGGACACUUUGAAACCUGAAAAGACUGAAAAGAAAGUAUUCACAGGCGUCAAGGUGGAAGUUAAAGACCUGCCAAAAGAGGAGACAGCAAGCCAAUUGAUAAUAGAAGAUGUGCUGAAGUCUGUCAAACCUGAAGAGAAAGCAACCACAGAUACCAAUGUCGAAACCAAAGAAAUUCAAAAAGAGGAGGUGGUUAGUAAAGUGAAAGUAGAUGUUGCUCUGAUGUCUGACAAACCCAAAGAGAAAGCAACCCCAGAAGAUGAAGAGUUAAAAGCAGACAAAGUUCUAGAGGAAGGAAAAGAAGCAGAUUUAGAGGAAGACCAAAAGCCUGAAUUACCACUGUCUCCAAAAGAGGAAAAUAUAAAGGACAGCAUUACAAUACUAAGUGAAGGAAAAGAUGAACAACUUUCCAAGAAAGACUACAAAUCUACAGAGGGCACAGAGGAGGCAAGACAGUUCAAAUCUGAGCUAAAGGAGAGCACAGAAACUCACACUAACUUAGAAACAAAACCACAAGAGAUGUCUCCAAGAAAGGAGAAACCUGCUUACAGCUCUGAUAUGGAAAAGACAGAGCACUUAAAGGAGACAGAGUUGAUUCCACAAAAAAAGAAAGUACAAGAAUGUCCAGAGAGCCCAGAUACUGAAGCAGAUGAAAAAAAGAUCAGUGAUUCCAAAGAAAAAAAAACAGUGGAGGAAGAAGUGCCAUCUCCAAAGGAAACCCCUGUAAAAGAGAACAAACUCUUGACAGAUGACAUGGAUGAAAAGAUAGAGCCAGAAGAAAAGGUGACAGAAGAAAAUGUCACAUCCACAACACAAGAGAAUGGUCUUGAUGAAAGUGAAAACUUGAGCAAGGAGGAGAUGAUCGACACAGUGGAGACCAAAGUGCCUGCAAAGGAGAAUCAGGUAGAAAAGACAAAAGCAACACAAGAAGAACUCAAAACCUCUAAAAAAGAAACAAUGCAAGAUAUUGACAGCAGAAAGUAAUAUGCAAAAACAGUUAAAGACAGAACUUUAAAAAUGUAUGUGACAAGCUAAAAAGCUUUAAAAAUGUAUGUGACAAGCUAAAAAUUCUUAAUGCAUGAAAUUGUGUAAUGUACUGAACAGACAGUCAAGCUUGCUAAAUUUGAAUGUACAGUGCUAUUUAGUUAAAUAUGAACUUUAAAUGAGUUUUAAAUCUAUAUUGACUGUCUGAAAAAUUUGAGUGUAGCAAUGCCCAUGAAUGAUAUCUACAAACAUGCUUUCUGGAUAUAAGAAUAAAUUACAUUUGCAGAGAA